CACUGAGGUAGUUACUGCAGGGAUGGUGCUGGUCCCGCUCUUCCAAGGCUGUGUCAAACUCCUUGCACUGCCCAUUUAUGUGCUCUCCUUCCUGGGGUACUGGGAUUCUAUUUGUAAGAGAAUCUUCCCCUAUUUCAUAAGCAAGUUUAGCAAACACUAUAACCAAAAGGUUCACAGGGAAAAGGAGCUGCUGUUCAGCAACCUGGAGGACUUCACUCGGUCUUCAGGACAGCUCUUACUGCUUGAGAUUGGCGCAGGCAGUGGGGCCAAUUUUCAGUUCUACCCGCCAGGCUGUCAGGUAACAUGCACUGACCCGAACCCCAACUUUCAAAAAUAUCUCCAGCAGAGCAUGGCUGAGAACCAGCAUCUCCAGUAUGAGCGUUUCAUAGUGGCCUCUGGAGAGGAUCUACAUCAGGUGUCUGACAGCUCUGUGGAUGUGGUGGUUUGCACACUGGUUCUGUGCUCUGUGGCCAGUGUCCCAGCUGUUCUAAAGGAAGUCCUGAGAAUUCUCAGACGGGGUGGUGCAUUUUAUUUCAUGGAACAUGUAGCUGCUGACCGAUCCAGCUGGGGCUACUUUUGGCAGCAAAUCUAUGAUCCCACCUGGAAAUAUUUGGGAGAUGGCUGUUCCUUGAUAAGAGAGACUUGGAAGGAUCUGGAGAAGGGGAACUUCUCUGAACUGAAGCUGCGGCACAUAAAUGCCCCACUGAACUGGACCCCCACACGUCCCCAUAUUCUUGGUUACGCUGUGAAAUGAUUGCUCAGAAUCUCCCUCUGAGAGCAGUAGCUAGGUCCACA